AUGAAGAACAAACCAAUAUCAUCAUACCUCAAUGUUGACGAGUUCAAACAGACUGCAGAGAAGAGCCUACCUCGCAUGGUCUAUGAUUACUAUGCAUCUGGUUCAGACAGUCAAGUUACACUCUCAGAGAAUGAGAACUAUUAUAAGAAUAUCAAGUUGAUGCCAAGAGGCAUGAUUGAUGUAUCAAGAAUCGAUUUAAAGACAUCAGUUCUUGGAGUGGAUCUAAGCUCACCUAUAAUGAUUGCUCCAACUGCAAUGCAAUGCAUGGCACAUCCUCGAGGUGAGUUGGAGACGUACACAGCUGCAAAGAACUUGGGAUCACAUAUGACACUCAGUUCAAUUGCCACUACAAGUGUUGAGGAACUCUCUGAGCAUGCAAAUGGUAAUCCAGGAUGGUUCCAACUCUACGUAUUCAAGGAGCGUUCUGUCACAAUCAACCUUGUGAAGCGUGCCGAGAAAAGUGGAUUCAAGGCACUCGUCGUCACAGUCGACACUCCAUUCCUUGGAAGGAGAGAGGCUGACUUCCGUAAUGACUUCUCACUUCCUCAUGGCCUAUUACUCAAGAACUUUGCUGACCUGCCUUUGAACAAGGUUCAGGGAGGAUUGAACAAAUAUAUUGGAUCGAUGGUGGACAGUAGCUUGACAUGGACGGACAUCACUUGGUUGCGUACAAUCACAAAGUUGCCAAUCUUGGUCAAGGGCAUCAUGUCCCCAGAGGACGCACAUAUCGCCGUCCAGAAUGGAGUCGACGGAAUCAUCGUCAGCAACCAUGGCGCACGUCAGCUGGACACUUGCCCAUCGACAAUCGAGGUGCUGCCACAUAUCGUGCGCGCAGUGAAUGGACGCGUUCCAGUUCUGGUGGAUGGCGGUGUUCGUCGUGGCACAGACGUACUAAAGGCUCUGGCACUGGGUGCCAAGGCCGUAAUGAUUGGAAGGCCAGUACUCUGGGGUCUGGCCACAGCUGGACACGAAGGAAUCGAACGUGUAAUGACUCUCUUGAGCGAGGAACUCAGACUGGCAAUGGCAUUCACUGGUGUAACAACAGUCAGUGCCAUCAACAGUUCCAUCAUUUGGAACCCAUCCUCAGCUUCCAAACUCUAA